AUGGGCAGUACAGAUGAGACUCACCAACCAUACUGGUCAUCGCAAGAACCGAUCGUCAUCUCCGGUAUCAGUGGACGCUAUCCACGAGCCGAGAAUGUCGAGGAGUUCGGCGACCUUCUCCUAGCCGGAGAGGACCUCGUCACCGAAGAUGACAAAAGAUGGCCGCCAGGUAAGGAAUUUGAAAUUUUUGUUUGAAAAAUAUUGUCUUAGAAAUGAUAAGCUUUAAUGUUAAUGUAAUUUUAGGUAACAUUUUUAAUUUUAAAGAUUUGAAAGUUCGAAAAAUAAAAAAUUUUUUGAGAUUUUUAGUCAUUUUUUGGCGAAAAAUUGAAUUUUUUCGAACUUUUUCAAAACCUAAAGCUUAAUAAAUGCCUUAAUUGAUGAAGAUAGUAAUAUAUGUUUCUUGUGUACAAUUUAAAUAAAAUAUUUUACAUUUCAGGAUUGUUCGACCUUCCAAAACGCCAUGGUAAACUCUCAGACUUGAAGAAGUUUGAUGCUGGAUUUUUUGGUGUCACGCCUAAACAGGUCUGUUUCUGCCAUCUUUACUUGUUGGUCUUGAUGCAUAUGUUUAUAUUUUGAAUUGGAAAGACUAUGAAUUUAAAAUUUUUUGAUUGGGAAUUUCAAAAAUCGUAAAACAUUGUGAAAAAAACGCAAAUUUUGAUCAAAAAACAGCCAAAAACCCCAUUUUUUAUAAAAAUCCUGCCAUUUUUAAUUGAAAUUAUGAAGAAAUAAUAAAAAAUUUUCCUUUAUAGGCCAACUUCAUGGACCCACAAAUCCGCAAACUGCUCGAAGUAGCAUACGAAGCUAUGAUUGAUUCCGGUGAGUUGAAUUUUUUCGAAAAAACCUGGAGCCGGUGUACCUUAAGGUGCCAUUCAACCUUGAACUAUCUCUCUGUCAGCGCCUUACCCCCCUCUCGACUGAUCCCAUUUUAAACGCUGUUUCUUAACAAAUUGUGAUUAAAGUGCACUGCACUGUCUGCCCAACAAGUUGCCAGUUUUGCAGAGUUUGACGCAGGCUGCAAACUUUUUGAAAUACUGGGCGCAGCUUGUAAUGACAAAAACAUAGUAAAGCAGAAAUUACUGUAGAAACAUAAAAAAGCUAGUGAAUCAUAAAAAAGUGCUAGGAAGCAUAAAAACAGCAGAUUUUGUAACAGUUAAGCUUUAGUACCCAUUAAACAUCAAAGUAAACAGUUUUACAGCCAAUAGUAAACAAAAGUAUUAGCUUUUGAGAUAUGUUAUCUUGAUUGAGAUCAUUGUAAAAUACGGAAUAACCAAUGAUUAUCAAUAACUCUUUUUUGGAUUAUGAAAAGUUCGAAAUUUUCAAAAAUUUAAAAACCACCCCCAGACAAAAAUAAAAAAAUUACCCCGCCCAAAAAAUUUAAAAAUCCCGAAAUAAGGUAGCACCAUGAUGAAACCCAAAAAUCACCCCCUACAUUUCAGGCACCAAUCCCCAGGACUGGCGCGGAACCAAGACCGGAGUGUUCGUCGGGUGCUCGGCCUCGGAGACAGGAGGCGCGCUCACCCAGGACCCGGAACAAGUCACCGGUUACACGCUGACCGGCUGCGUGCGCAGCAUGUUCAGUAACCGUUUGUCGUACACGUUCGACUUGCGAGGACCCUCGUUCUCGGUCGACACGGCCUGCUCGUCCUCAUUGUUGGCGCUGCAGUUGGCCGUCGAUGCCAUCCGUCAGGAUCAGUGCGAAGCCGCCAUCGUCGCUGGAUCCCAAUUGACAUUGACCCCCACUGCCGCGUUGCAAUUCUUGAAGCUGGGCAUGCUGAGUCCGGCCGGAUCAUGCCGGUCCUUCGACCAGUCCGGCGAUGGGUAUUGCCGUUCGGAGGCUGUAGCCGCCAUCAUCCUCCAGAAGCAGUCCCACGCCCGCCGUAUCUACGCCACCGUUGUUCAUGCCAAGUCGAACACGGACGGCUACAAGGAACAGGGAAUCACGUUCCCGUUGGGAGAACGUCAAGCCGACUUGUUGGAGGAGGUGUACCGUGAGGCCAACGUCGACCCCAACUCCGUGUACUAUGUCGAGUCGCACGGUACUGGAACCAAGGUCGGAGAUCCUCAAGAAGCCUACGCCAUCUCUCAAGUCUUCUGCUCCAACCGUACCCAGCCUUUGCUGAUUGGUUCGGUCAAGUCCAACAUGGGUCACGCUGAGCCGGCUUCUGGAUUGGCCUCGAUCACCAAGCUGUUGGUAGCCAUGGACCGUGGUAAAAUCCCACCAAAUUUGCAUUUCAACGAGCCCAACGAGUACAUCGAAGGUCUGAAGGAGGGUAUUCUGAAGGUCGUGACCGAGCCUACUGACAUCAACGGAGGUUACAUUGGUGUGAACUCGUUCGGUUUCGGUGGAUCCAACACUCACGUCAUUCUGAAGGCCAACGAAAAGCUGAAGGCUUUGCCCGAGAUCCCUGAGGCUACGAUUCCUCAACUGGUACUGUACCCUGGACGUACUAAGGAGGCCGUGGAGAAUAUCUUUGAGAAUGUGAAGAAACACAACGAGAACGAAUACCUGCCUUAUCUGCUUCAACUUUUGGCCAAUCAGGUAGGACAAUCUUUUUGUAAUGAGCCUUUAACUAGCUGUUGAUCUACCACUUUUUGUUGUUAUACCUAAACAUUAAAAAAGUGAUAUUAACUUUCCUUGAUUAAAAUCCUCAAUUCCAGACCAAUCUGCCACCAAAAGACACCCCCUUCCGUGGUAUGUUGAUGCUGAACCGUGGUGACGGUAUUGACCCUCUGAUCGACAUCCAAAAGAUCCCUAUCACCGAGCACCGCCCCAUCUGGUUCGUCUACUCUGGCAUGGGCUCACAAUGGCCCGGUAUGGCCAAGGAUCUUAUGGUAGUCGAGGUGUUCAACAACUCCUUGAAGCGCUGUAGCGAAGCACUGAAGCCGUACGGUAAAGACGUGUACGGUAUGCUGCAGAACGACGACCCCGAGCAGUACAAGAACAACACCUUGAACUGCAUGUUGGCCAUCACCGCCAUCCAAAUCGCGUUGACCGACACCUUGAGGGAGUUGGGCGUGGUACCGGAUGGUAUUAUUGGUCACUCGACCGGCGAGAUGGGUUGUGGCUACGCUGAUGGAGCCUUGACUGUGGAACAAACAAUGAGAUUGGCCUACUAUCGUGGUACUUGUAUCAUGAAUGCUAACAUCACUAAUGGUGCUAUGGCUGCUGUUGGUUUGACUUGGGAACAGGCCAAGGAACGAUGCCCUGAGGGCGUUUGGCCAGCUUGCCACAACGGAGCUGAUUCUGUUACUAUUUCUGGUGAUGCUGAAAAGGUAAAAUAUUUUUAAAUAAAAAAAUUUUAAUUUAAGUCAUCAUUUUCUUUCUUUUCUAAUUUUUUUUUAAAUUUGAAAUUUCUUCAAAUUUAACUUUUUUUUUAAUUUUAGCUCCGCAAGUUCGUCGAAGAACUAAAGGCCGAAGAAGUGUUUGCCAAGGAGGUCGACUCAUCCGGAAUCCCAUUCCACUCCCCCACCCUCGAGGUUUGUCGUGAGAAGAUGUUGGAGGAGAUGAAGAAAGUGGUACCAGAACCAAAUCCCCGCUCCUCCAAGUGGAUAUCCACCUCGAUCCCCGAAGAGAACUGGGACGACGAGCUGGCCCUCUACUGUUCGGCCGAUUACCACACCCACAACGCCUGCAACCCAGUGUUGUUCUACGAGGGUCUUCAGAAGAUCCCGGUCUCGGCCAUCACCAUCGAGUUGGCUCCACAUUGUCUGAUGCAAGCCAUCUUGAGAAGAAACCUCCAGAAGACCUGCACCAACGUUGGCUUGAUGAACAAGACUGCUGACAACCAACUCGAAUCCUUCUUGCAAGCCUUCGGUAAAGUCUACCAGGCUGGUGCCACGAUCCACGUUGAGCGUCUUUACCCUCAAGCUCCAUUGCCAGUACCAUUGGGUACUCCAAUGAUCUCCCCCAUGUGGAAAUGGGACCACAGCCAAGACUGGCCCGUCAUUGAUGGUAAACUGUUGAGUUCUGGAGGUGGUGGAGCCGUACCAACCUCGGCUUCGUACAACAUUGAUCCCUUCAGUCCGGACUCAAAGGAGACCUACCUCUUGGAUCACGUUAUCGAUGGUCGUGUCCUCUUCCCCUUCACUGGCCAUAUGGUCUUGGCCUGGAAGACCUUGUGUAAGCUGCACCAAGUUGACUACACGAAGACUCCAGUCAUCCUGGAAGACAUCAACGUCUACAGUGCCACCAUCUUGACCAACAAGCCCAUCCGACUCGACGUUACCAUCUCUCCAGGACACGGUGACUUUGAAAUCAGUGAUGGAGAUCAAUUGGCUGCCAGUGGAAGAAUCUACAUUCCAGACGAGAACAAGCCCUUCUACUACGAAGACUUCAAGGGUAUUGAGACCUCCAAAUUGGCCGAAAGAAUCGAACUUGACACCGAAGACGCCUACAAGGAGUUCUUGCUCCGUGGCUACGAAUACGGACCAGCCUUCCGUGGCAUCUACCGUACCUGCAACUCCGGAGAGAAGGGUACCUUGUACUGGACUGGUAACUGGGUCACUUUCCUCGACUCGCUCCUCCAAACCGCGUUGUUGGCCGAGCGUAACGACACCUUGAAGUUGCCGACUCGUGUCCGCUACCUUCGCAUCGACCCAGCCAAGCAUUUGGCUUCGGUCGAGGAGAAGGACGGUAUCCAAGUCGUCGAACUUCGCAACGACAUCUCCACCAACGGUUGUGUUGCCGGAGGUGUGGAGUGUUGUGAUCUGAAUGCCCAAACCGUACAACGCCGUAUGCAAUCGGCCGGUCAACUCUAUCUGGAGAAGCUCUACUUCGUCAAGCAUUUCGACGAAAAGUGGGUUUUGGAAUUUGAUAUUAAAAAAAUUUUUUUUAAUUUUUAACUGAACCCUCUAAAAAAAUCAGUUUUAAAAUUUUUAAUAAAAAUAAUUUCAGUGCCCUCUCCGAGUUCCCCAAGGACGCCGAACGCUUCGCCCAAUACGCCAAUGCCCUGAAGGGAUACCUCCAAAAGGGACUUCAAGGCUGGAAGGACGCUAAAGUCCUCGACAAGAUCCCAGGCUUCCCUCAACUGCUCGCCAACCUUACCGAACAAAAGGUCGAGUUCAACGAAGAGGUGUUCGAGAAGCUGAAGGAAGACUCCAAGUGCACCUUGGCUCAAGCCGUCGCUGAAAUCUUCGAGAACAUUCCAACCGAUUCGGCCGAUUUCGCCGCGAACGUCGCGAACAAGAUGAAGUCGGUGUACAAGACGUUCGACAGUGACCGCUACUGGGCUUCUUGUAUGUUGCACGAUCGUCUUCUGAAGACCGCUCAAGACAUUUGUGUUGAGAACUCGGCUGGCCACAAGAACAAGUUCGCCGGUGUUGAAUUGACUUCAUCCGACCAAAUCAAGCACGCCAAGAACGGUAUCAGCUCCCACCCAUUGCUGGAGAUCGACUGGAACUGUGUUGGUCCAAAUGUUGACGACUUAGACGAAAACACCUUGACCCAACUCGGAGCCAACCGACAGAAGCUGGUGUUCGAUGGACCCGACUUCAAGAACAACACCGAGAUCAAAAACCUCGACUACUUGCUGUUGGACCGUAUCCUGUGGCGUCAGAAGAAUCCAGUAGAGUACUUGGCCAGAUGUGCCGAGCUUCUUCGUGACGAUGGAUUCAUGAUCAUCAACGAAUUCACCAAGGACUACGAGCUGGCCUAUUUUGUUCAAGGUCUUCUCGGCUACAACCUGCCACAAGACCAGAACCGUGCCUUCGGAGUCUACUACACUCAAAGUCAACUUGGCACACUCUUCCAGGACGCCGGCUACAGAAUCUGCCUACGUCAAUCUGACCCAUCUUUAAGCACCACAACCUAUGUCAUCCGUAAGACACCAGAUCAACCUCGCGAACCAGCUAUUGUCGACAUUGACGACAUCAAGGAGUUCAACUGGAUCGAGCCGCUCCAGAAGGUAAUCGAAGAGCGUCUGAAGGAGCCCGACUACAAGACCAUUUGGCUGAACUCGACCAAGGUCCGCAACAACGGUACCCUCGGUUUGGCUCUCUGCUUCGUGGAAGAGAACUUGAAGUUCAACCGUUUCCGUACUCUGGCAGACAUCAGUGUCCAGAAAGCUAACCGUGAAGGCCCAGCCAAGUUGAAGGUUGAAAAUGAAGUCGUUCAAAACCUCCUCCAACUCGACCUCCACGCCAACAACUAUCGUGACGGUGUUUGGGGAUCGGUUCGUCACAUCGUUGUCAAGGACGACGAUCUUCACACCCGCAAGGAAGUCGAGCACGCCUUCAUCAACACCCUGGUUCGUGGUGAUGUGUCCAGCUUGACCUGGGUCGAGAACUCAAACCAAUUCUUCGACGUCACUCCAGGCCGUCCGGAGAAUCUGAAGCUGUGCUCAGUCUACUACACUGCCGUCAACUUCCGUGACAUCAUGUUGGCUUACGGUCGUCUGCCACCAGAUGCCAUUCCAGGCCAGUUCGCCGACCGUGAGUGUCUGUUGGGUAUGGAGUUCGCUGGUCGUUUGCCAAACGGUGAAAGAGUCAUGGGUAUUUUGCCAGCUCAAGCCUUGGCCACAUCCGUCGUUUGUGACACCGACUACACUUGGACCGUGCCAGACAACUGGAGCUUGGAAGAGGCCGCUACCGUGCCAGUCGUCUACGCCACUGCCUACUACGCCUUGGUGAUGAGAGGAAGAAUCCGCAGAGGAGAGACCAUCCUGAUUCACGGUGGAUCUGGUGGUGUUGGACAGGCCGCUAUUGCCAUUGCUUUGCACUACGGUCUUACCGUCUACACGACUGUUGGUACCCAGGAGAAGAGAGAGUACUUGUUGAAGAGAUUCCCUCAAUUGAAGCCACACAACUUGGCCAACUCGCGUAGCUCCGACUUCGAACAACACAUCAGACAUCACACUCGUGGACGUGGUGUUGACUUGGUUCUCAACUCUUUGGCCGCUGAGAUGCUUCAUGUGAGUUUGGAUUUUAAUUUUUUAAGAAUUAUUGACAUCUUUUCAGUCCAGCACUUUAAAUAGGUUUCACAACCAUCUAUAAUAUAGUAAAAGAUCAAUUAUUUGGUCAUAACUGAGGCUUCUAUAACUAAACCACUAAUUCUAUAUUAUUUUAGGCCUCUGUCCGUUGUCUAGCACAACACGGUCGCUUCUUGGAAAUUGGUAAAGUCGACUUGUCCAUGAACUCCAAGCUUGGCAUGGCUUUCUUCUUGAAGAACGUCUCCUUCCACGGUAUUCUCCUUGAUGCCAUCAUGGAUCAAUCAGUUGGAAAGAAGGACGACUGGGAAGAGUGCCGCAAGCUCCUGAACCAAGGAAUGAAGGAGGGUGUUGUCGUACCUUUACCAUCAUCAGUCUUCGAAUCCGACAAAGCCGAAGAAGCAUUCCGUUUCAUGUCAGCUGGUAAACACAUUGGUAAGGUGUUGAUCAAGGUCCGUGAAGAAGAGAAGCAGAAGGUGUGUCCACCAUCCAAGAUCAAGGUCAAGGCUGUGUGCCGCACCUUGUGCAACCCCAACCACGUCUACCUGAUCACUGGUGGUCUUGGAGGUUUCGGUCUAGAGUUGGCCCAAUGGUUGAUCAACAGAAACGCUCGCAAGAUCGUGCUCACUUCUCGUUCUGGUAUUCGUACUGGUUACCAAGCUCGUUGUGUCCACUAUUGGCGUCGUCUCGGCAUCCAAGUCCAAGUCUCAACCUUGAACAUCUCCAAGGCUGAUGAUGCCAGAGAGUUGGUCCGCUCUUGCCAAGAGAUCGGUCCAGUUGGUGGUGUGUUCCACUUGGCUAUGGUACUCCGUGAUUGUCUGUUCGAAAACCAGAACAUUCAAAACUUCAAGGACGCCGCUGAAGCCAAAUACGACGGUACCAUCAACAUUGACAACGCUACCCGCGAACUGUCUUCAGACACCCUCCGUUGGUUUGUGGUCUUCUCGUCCAUCACCUCAGGUCGUGGUAACGCCGGUCAAACCAACUACGGCUGGUCCAAUUCCACCAUGGAGCGUAUCGUCGAACAACGUCGUGAAGACGGCUACCCAGGUAUUGCCAUCCAAUGGGGAGCCAUCGGAGAUGUUGGUGUUAUCCUGGAGAACAUGGGAGACAACAACACAGUCGUUGGUGGUACCCUUCCUCAACGUAUGCCAAGCUGUUUGAGUGCUUUGGACAUGUUCUUGAACUGGAACCAUCCAAUCGUCUCAUCGUAUGUUAAGGCUGAAACUGGCAGCAAAAAGUCGUCGACUGGUGGCAACUUGUUGCAGACUAUUGCCCACAUUCUUGGUGUCAACGACAUUUCUCAGAUCAACCCUGAUGCCAACCUCGGAGACUUGGGAUUGGACUCUCUGAUGGGUGUCGAGAUCAAGCAGGCUUUGGAGAGAGACUAUGAUAUUACAUUGUCGAUGAAGGAUAUCCGAACAGUCAGUUUAUUAACAAUAGAAGUCACAACUGACUUCAUUUUAAUUUUUAAAACAUAUAGAUAAGAAAAAAGGUGAAAAACACCAUUUUAAGGUCAAGUCUGACCUUAACUAGAUUUAUUAAAUAAUUUGAAUUAAAAAAAAUAAUUCAAAAACCUAAAAAUCUAGUUCAAAAACUUUCAGCUCACCUUGAACAAGCUCCAGAAAAUGGCCGAAGGCGGCGGCACCUCCACCGUUCUCCAAGCCAACACCGAGUUGGAGAUGAAACGGGAACAAGAACGUGAAGCCCAACAGAACACAGUCGAAGUCCUGGAGCAGCAACUCAGUCAGUUGUUCAAACUUCGUGUCGAUGUGAACGACCUCGACCCCGAGAGCACCAUCAUCCAGUGCAACAAGGAAACUGAAGGCCCAGUCACCUUCUUCGUCCAUCCGAUUGAAGGUAUCGCCACUCCACUGAAUCGAGUCAUGUCCAAGUGCACCUUCCCCGCCUACUGCUUCCAGUUCACGAGGCAUGCACCCACCGACUCCAUCGAAAGCGUCGCCGACUACUACAUCAAGGAGAUGAAGAAAGUGCAACCAGAAGGUCCAUACCGACUGGUCGGUUACUCGUACGGCUCCUGCAUCGCCUUCGAAAUGGCCACCAAACUCCAGGAACAGGACGGCCCCAGAAGCGUGGAAAAACUCAUCUUACUCGACGGAUCUCACUUGUACAUGCAAACCUACCGUAACGUCUAUCGCCAUGCCUUCGGCGUAACCGGUGACACGCUGGUCAACAACCCCCUCUUCGAAUCCGAAAUCAUGUGCGCCAUGACGUUAAGGUUCGCCAACGUUGACUACAAGAAGUUCCGCGUGGAAAUGCUACAACUCCCCAACUACAAGGCCAGAAUCAACAAGGUCGUGGAGACGGUGAUGAAGACCGGCUUCUUCAAAUCGCCCGAAACCGUCGCAUUCGCUUGCGAAGCCAUGAGAUCUAAAUUCUUGAUGGCCGACAAGUACGUUUUCUGGAAUAUAAGGUUAUAUAAAAGUGAAAAUGGGCUUCUUUGUAUUUAAAAUAAUGCAAAAACAAUCUUAUUUCUCUAGUAACGCAACGUUUAUAUUACCAAACAACAAAACAGUUUAUAAACGGCUAGAAAAUUCAAAAAAAUGUGUAAUUUGUUCAAAAUUGUGUUGAGUUUUGCUCUUUUUUUGAGUCAACUUUGCCUUUCAACAAAACAUUGCAAAACUAUACUAUGCAAAGUCAAAACUUACAACAAUGUAACCCAUAAUACGCUUUAAAAGUUUCAUUUACUAAUUUUGAUGUUUUAGAUACAAGCCAGACAAAACUUUCAAGGGACACAUCACCUUGAUUCGUGCAGAACAAGGAGCAGCGCGUGAAGAAGAUGUUGGUCAAGAUUACGGUGUUGGACAGGUAAAUAUCCUUUCAUUUUAUUGUGGUUUAGGUGUAGAUAAGGUUUUCUAGUUUUCCAUUUUCUAUCAGAGAUUUAGCAAAAAUGUAGAUUUUGUUUUAAAAAAAUUGUAUUAUCUUACAUCAGAUAAUGUUUUCUAGGUAAUGAAAGUAUAUUUUGAUUGAAAGUUAUGGAUCUUAAGUCUAAAAGCAAUAUUACGUUAGGUUAGGCGGUUGCUCAACGAAAAUUUUAAUGUUACCUAAAUUAUUAAGUGCAUGUUAAAGUAAAGUUUGACUUGAAAAAUAGCUUAACUUUUUUUCUAGCUAAUAAGGGUAAUUUCAAGUUAAAAGAACUUUGAUUUUAAUUAAAAAUUAGAUUUAGUUCAUGAACAACAUAGGUUGAUCUAGUGUAACAUUCGUUUUCGGCUUUUAGUGCCGUUUUUGGUCAAAAACCUGUUGAGCAUUUUUAUAAUUAAAUAUCAUACUUUAUAUUUAUGCUAAUGCAACACUUUUCACCUCAAUUAUCUCUUCAGGUAUCCGACUACUGUGACGUGAAGGUCGUAUCCGGCGACCACGACUCGAUCGUGCAAGGCAAACGACACAAAGACACGGUGGAGAUCAUCAACCAAGCCAUCAAAUCAGCGCCAGUUCAGGAAUAG